UGACUUAAGCCUGCCUCUUUUGGCGCAGACUCCGUAAUCCUCCCGGUGGCUCCCAGGCAGCGCCGGGCUUCGCAGAAGUAGUGCAUCUCCUAAUCAGGUCACAUUUCAGCGGGGAUCCAGCCGCCCUUCUCUCCCUCCGAGCCGGGAGAGAGAUCAGAGGAGGAGGAGGAGGAGGAAGAAGACUCAAUAAUCGCUUUGCGGCGAGCGAGGGAGCCACCGCCUCGCAGGCAAGAUGAGAGCCCCAGGCUGUUGUCUGGUGUCGCUGCUGCCCCUGCUGCUGGCCCUCGCCUUGGCGGAAGGGGACGGCAAGGCGGCCAAAGAAGGCGACAAUCCCGGCAAUUUCAUGGAGGACGAGCAAUGGCUGUCUUCCAUCUCCCAGUACAGCGGCAAGAUCAAGCACUGGAACCGCUUCCGAGACGAGGUGGAGGAUGACUACAUCAAAAGCUGGGAGGAUAAUCAGCCAGUUGAUGAAGGUGUGGACACCACCAAGGAUCCCUGCCAGAAAGUGAAAUGCAGCCGUCACAAGGUGUGCAUCGCCCAGGGCUACCAGCGGGCUAUGUGCAUUAGCCGCAAAAAGCUGGAGCACAGAAUCAAACAGCCUGCCCUGAAACUCCAUGGAAACAAGGAGAGCUUGUGCAAGCCUUGUCACAUGACCCAGCUCGCAUCUGUCUGUGGCUCCGAUGGACACACUUACAGCUCCGUGUGCAAACUGGAGCAGCAAGCCUGCCUGACCAGCAAACAACUGACGGUUAAGUGCGAGGGGCAGUGCCCAUGCGCGAGUGAGCAUAGCCCGACCUCAGCCACAGACACCAAACAAGAAACCUGUACUGGGCAAGACUUGGCAGACUUGGGGGAUCGGCUCCGUGACUGGUUCCAGCUCCUGCAUGAGAAUGCCAAGCAGAACAGCUCCGGAAGCGCAGGGGCCAAUCCAGUGAACGUGCUGGACAAGAGCCUUGUGGCCAGUUGCAAAGACUCGAUUGGCUGGAUGUUUUCCAAGCUGGACACCAACGGCGACCUUUUCCUGGACCAGACGGAGCUGGCAGCCAUCAACCUGGACAAGUACGAGAUCUGCAUCCGGCCUUUCUUCAACUCCUGCGACACCUACAAGGACGGCCGCGUCUCCACCGCAGAGUGGUGUUUCUGCUUCUGGCGAGAAAAGCCUCCUUGUCUUGUGGAGCUGGAGAGGAUACAGAUCCAGGAAGCAGCCAAAAAGAAGCCCGGGAUCUUCAUCCCCAGCUGUGAUGAGGAUGGGUACUAUCGGAAGAUGCAGUGUGACCCAAGCAGUGGGGAGUGUUGGUGCGUGGACCACCUUGGCAUGGAACUAACAGGAACGCGGAUGCAUGGGAAUCCAGAUUGUGAUGAUAUCGUUGGAUUCUCGGGGGACUUUGGGAGUGGCGUCGGGUGGGAAGACGAGGAAGAGAAAGAGACUGAGGAAGCCGGCGAGGAGGCCGAGGAGGAGGAGGGCGAAGUGGGAGAGGCCGACGAUGGAGGCUACAUCUGGUAGAAGCCGCCGAGGGCACAGUUUGGUCAGGAUGCUGGCUGCAGGGCUGGGAGACGGCCGUCGAAACCCGAAGGAGAGGAACAGCUUAACAAGAUGAUCAGGAAACACA